AUGUAUAAAAUAUGGUCAAAAACUAACACUAUGGGACUCAGAGGUAAACCUCUUAGAGUUGCCAUCACUAUAUGCUGUACUAUUGGAUUUUCAUUAUUCGGUUACGACCAAGGAUUAAUGUCGGGAAUUAUUACUGGUAAACAAUUCAAUGAGGAAUUUCCACCCACUCACGGUACAGAUCAGCAUGCUACUGUUAUACAAGGUGCAGUCACGUCGUGCUACGAGUUAGGCUGUUUUUUUGGUGCUUUGUUUGCGUUGUUUCAAGGUGAUAAGUAUGGUAGAAGGCCAAUGAUUAUUGUUGGAUCUCUGCUCAUUGUCAUAGGUACUGUUAUUGCAGUUUCUGCAUUUGGUCCGCAAUGGGGAUUGGGCCAAUUUGUUAUUGGUAGAGUUAUCACAGGAUUAGGUAACGGCAUGGAUACGGCUACUAUUCCGGUGUGGCAAUCGGAAAUUUCUAAGGCAGAAAAUAGAGGUCUUUUGGUUAACUUGGAAGGUUCCAUGGUUGCGGUUGGGACAUUUAUUGCAUAUUGGUUAGAUUUUGGGUUAUCAUAUGUCGAUACUUCAGUUCAGUGGAGAUUCCCAGUUGCUUUUCAGAUAGUAUUUGCUCUUUUCUUGUUUCUUGGCGUUGCACAAUUACCGGAAUCACCUAGAUGGUUAAUUGCUCAUGGCCUCAAGGAUGAAGCUCAUUAUGUAUUGGCAACUUUAAAUGACGUUGAUAUUGAUGAUGAGUUCGUAAUUGAAGAAAGCGCCAUUAUAACUGAUGGUGUCAAUAGAUUUGCCAGAACCCAAAUUGGGUUCAAAGAACUAUUUUCCGGCGGCAAGCAACAGAACUUCGCUAGAAUGAUAAUUGGUGCAUCUACACAAUUCUUUCAGCAAUUUACUGGAUGUAACGCUUCCAUCUAUUAUUCAACUGUUUUAUUUGAAAAUAGUAUUGGAUUGACCGGUAAAUUGCCCUUAAUUCUAGGAGGUGUUUUUGCUACCAUUUAUGCUUUAUCUACUAUUCCAUCUUUCUUCUUGAUUGAUAGGCUAGGCAGAAGAGCUUUGUUUUUGAUCGGUGCCACCGGUCAAGGCAUAUCAUUCACCAUCACUUUUGCAUGCUUGAUCCCUGAUAAUGGACAAAAUAAGGAAACAGCCAAAGGUGCUGCCGUUGGUAUCUUCUUGUUUAUCGUUUUUUUUGCGUUCACUAUUUUACCAUUGCCAUGGAUUUACCCUCCAGAAAUCAACCCCUUGAGAACAAGAACAGUUGCUACUGCGGUAUCAACAUGUACUAAUUGGCUAACAAACUUUGCAGUCGUUAUGUUUACUCCUAUUUUUAUUGGUGCAAGUAGUUAUGGCUGUUACUUAUUCUUUGCUAUAAUGAAUUUCCUUUUCAUUCCUGUCAUUUUCUGGUUUUAUCCCGAGACUGCUGGUCGUGAGUUGGAAGAGAUUGAUAUUAUUUUCGCAAAGGCAUACGUUGAUAAUAGACUACCAUGGAGAGUUGCUGCUACUUUACCACACUUGAAUUUCAAGGAACAAGAACAAGAGGGAAUCAAAUUGGGUCUUUAUGAUGACUUCGAAAAGGAAGCACCUGAACAUGUAAACACUUUGUCCGACGCCUCAGGCUCAGAAGAUGGCUCAAAUGAAGCCGCUUCAGUUAAGCCUGCGGAAGUUUAA